GGAGUUUGUAGGGGUCCAGACACUGAAGCGGCAGGAUUUUUGUUGUAGUUAAAGUUCAGGUGAUGCUCAGAGUUUAAAAGUCUGGUCUCCAUCACCUGUUGUACAUAAUGAAGGAUUUGUCGUGGGGUUUGUGUGAAAUGUUUGGGAUGUUUUUCAUGGCUACUGCUUUUCUCACACCACAUGUGUGGGCCCAAGGCAGCACGCAGGAUUUUGUGGUGGAGGCGAGAAACAUCACAGUUUCUGCGGGGUCAAGACUCGUUCUGCCAUGCCAUAACCAUCAAAUUGUGUGGAGGCAGGACCAUCUUCGGGACCGGCAACGUGUGGUGCACUGGGACCUGAACCGCAAUCGCCCCGAAUACACAGUUGAGCGUGUUCUCGACAUGUUCUCAGGAGGGACAGAGCGCGUCUAUAACGCCUACAACAAGGGCCGGGUCACUGUGUCCAAAGAAGCCUUUAUUGACGGCAACUUCUCGCUUAUCAUCCACAAUGUUGAUAUGAACGAUAAAGGCAUCUAUACUUGCAACUUGCAUCACCAUUACUGCAAGAUCGACCAAUCCAUUCAAAUCAAGUUAAAUGUCACCAAGUCACCGCGUAAGGAGAGGCGUGUAUGGGAUAGGGAGAAGCCCGUCUUUGUGGUGUUGGAGGGCAGCAGCGUGGUCUUGCCCUGUAUAAACCGACGGCCUCUUUGGAGGGGAGGGCUCCAAGAGGACCAGCAGCAGGUUGUGCACUGGGACUUUCAGCGUCCAGGAGUGAGGCGUGACCAGGCAGACCGGCUUCUCGAUCUGUACGCCUCUGGAGAGAAACGGGAGUACGGGCCACUGUACCUCAGCAAGAUGCACAUCUCAGAUAACGCCUUCCUCAUAGGUGAUUUCUCCCUCACAAUUAAUGACAUCCAGCCCUCUGAUAAAGGCCUAUACUCCUGCCACCUGCACCACCACUACUGCGGGCUGAACGAGAGGCGCAUCUUCCGGGUGAUUGUGGGGCCUCCUGUGUCUCCUGCAGCUGUGCCUACUGAUGCUCUGACUACUCAACCUGCUAACUCUAAAACCACACAAACCCCAGAAGACACACAUAAGAACCCUGAUAUAAACAAGGUAGAAGCCUCACAUGUGUUUAACGUCAUCCUGCCUGAGAGCCAGACUCACCUCUUACACCAGGCUGGUUAUAUCCUGGCUUUCUUCCUGAUGCUACUGCUGAUGCUCAUAGGAAUCAUCAUGACCACAAGACACUGCAAAAAGAAAGGACUGGAGUAUGAUAUUAGGAGGGCUGACCGGAAUCACAGGAUGGAAAUUGAAAUGCAAGCUACUGAACUGAGACCCUACAAUCAGGAAGUCCGACUUGACUACAAGAACAACAUAAUGAAAGAAAGGGUGGAGAUGAACAACUACUGUGCCCCAAAAGAGAUCGAUCUCAACAGAGAAAUGGAGAAAUAUUCAUGUAAGUAACUGCUGGCAGGCUGCUGGCUGGUCCAGAGCAUGCUCUACAGGAUUCAGAAAAACUGCAAGAGUACACAAUGAAGCUUUACUGUACAAUUCACAGGAGACUCUCCAAGUCCAAACACCCACAUGCUUGUAUUAUGUCUGUUUCGAAUGUAACGAGUUACGGUGAUUUGUGCAAAAACGUUUUUUUCCUUGAAGUAAACAUACUUUGCCAUUUAAAGGUCAGUAGUCAAUGUUUUAUUAUGGUGUAAAUGUAGUGUGCUGUAAUUCUAAUCUGUUAUAACAAGUGUAAACAAAUGCAAUUGAUAGCAAUAAGGGACAUCGAUUCUGAUAGCAGUUUCACUAAACAGCUUCGCCCUUCUAACCUGAACUAGAAUAAAUGCAUUGAAUGCUUUUACUGAAACCAAAUGAAAUCUGUCUGAGCGAGUCUGAUUUAAAAAAAAAAAAAACACUCAGGAAGUUAACUUUUUGUGGUUAGAGGGCUGCAAACCACAAGAUGUGGUAUGUACUUGUGUAAGUGGUAUGACCUUCUUAUGUCUCCUUCAUAUAUGUACCGAAAUAUUCUGUGUAUUUUAGUGCCAUUUCCAUGCCUAUUGGUAACCAUUUCUUUAUCUACUUUUAUCGUUUAUGCGCACAGCACUAUGCAAUCAUGUUAUCCUGCCACAUGAUAGACGCACCGAGAGAAUGGUAGUAGUACUAGUUUAUAAUUAGGUCUAAAAGUGUGCAUUACACAGACUUGAGAAAGCUAUGUAUAUUUAGUGUGCAUUUCUUACAUUUAUUUUUCCUUAGUAUGACACAGGAUUGCAAAUACCUUCUCAUACGACGCUGAUCUUUAUGACUCAGUUUUGGGCUUGUGAGAAACAACACACUGACUCAGAAGAUCUUAGGCGACCUUACAGCUUUAUUAUGCAGUGCUUUUAUGAAACAGCAUUGGAACUGAAAUGGCUGCAAAGAGGCUGAGCACUUUCUACUGGUAUGAAGAGCUUUGUACAAAACAUUUCGAAUUUAAUAAAUAUUUGCUGUGAACAUUG